UAACAGCAAAGCCAAAAACGCGACAGAGCAAAUCAUGCGUCGGCGCUCUUUAUUAAUUUUCCAGCUACAGGGAACGAAGUGCGCUCUCUGCAAGCCCCGCCCUCCCUUCUUGAUAGGGCGCGAGGUGCCGUCUCCAGGGUAACUCCUCCCUUUCCCCCGCCCAGAGGCGGCCUUGGGGGCGGGGCUUCGCGCCCAGAGCUCAGAGCACGCGGAGCCGAGAGCUAAGCGCACAGGGAUCCCGGCGUUCUCCUCGCCUGGCGUGAGACGUACUCUGGCCGGAGCCUGGCAUGCUGGGAACUGUAGUUGCCGACCGCCGCCCCGCACCUGGCGGGCAGUAAAAACUGCCAGGUUCGGCUCCAUUUAUGGCACAGGGUGUGCAACACCGAGUGGUUGUGAAGAGGCCUUGUGGGGAGGAACACAGGGUCGUCCCGAGAAGCAACUAAGCACGUCCGGCCGGGCGAGCGCCCAAGCAGGUCGCCGCCCCCGGUCACGUGUCCUCAGCCUCCGCAGGCGCGCGCCGCUCCCCCGAACCGUUCCCGCCCCAGCCCGCCCCGCCCGGCUCCGCCGUGGGCCCGCGCCUUCGCCGGCGCUGCUGCCACCUCGCGCUCGGAGGCGUCAGGGAACGUGCUCUCCGCCCCUUCUCCUCCUCCUGUCUUUCUCCCCCUCCCCCUCCCCCUCCCGCGCCGAGACUCGCCGCCGCCGCCGCAGCAGGAGUAGCCGCCGCCGGAGCCGCGCGCAGCCAUGGCCGAGAACCCCAGUUUGGAGAACCACCGCAUCAAGAGCUUCAAGAACAAGGGCCGCGAUGUGGAAACAAUGCGAAGACACAGAAAUGAAGUGACAGUUGAACUGCGGAAGAACAAAAGAGAUGAACACUUAUUGAAAAAGAGAAAUGUUCCCCAGGAAGAAAGUUUAGAAGAUUCAGAUGUUGAUGCUGAUUUUAAAGCACAAAAUGUAACACUAGAAGCUAUAUUGCAGAAUGCCACAAGUGAUAAUCCCGUGGUCCAGCUGAGUGCUGUCCAGGCAGCAAGAAAACUCUUAUCCAGUGACAGAAACCCACCAAUUGAUGAUCUAAUAAAAUCUGGGAUUUUACCAAUUCUAGUCAAAUGUCUGGAAAGGGAUGAUAAUCCUUCAUUACAGUUCGAAGCUGCUUGGGCAUUAACUAAUAUAGCAUCAGGAACAUCCACACAGACUCAAGCUGUUGUACAGUCUAAUGCAGUACCUCUUUUUCUGAGACUUCUCCAUUCACCACAUCAAAAUGUUUGUGAACAAGCAGUAUGGGCUUUGGGAAACAUUAUAGGUGAUGGUCCUCAAUGUAGAGAUUAUGUCAUAUCACUGGGAGUUGUCAAACCUCUUCUGUCCUUCAUCAAUCCCUCCAUUCCCAUCACCUUCCUUCGGAACGUCACAUGGGUCAUUGUCAAUCUCUGCAGGAAUAAGGAUCCCCCACCGCCUAUGGAGACAGUUCAGGAGAUUUUGCCAGCUUUAUGUGUCCUCAUAUACCAUACAGACAUAAAUAUUCUGGUAGACACGGUCUGGGCUCUGUCCUACCUGACAGACGGCGGCAAUGAGCAGAUACAGAUGGUCAUCGACUCCGGGGUCGUGCCGUUUCUUGUGCCCCUUCUGAGCCACCAGGAAGUGAAAGUUCAAACAGCAGCACUCAGAGCAGUUGGCAACAUAGUGACGGGCACCGACGAGCAGACCCAGGUUGUCCUCAACUGUGACGUGCUGUCACACUUCCCAAACCUCCUGUCACACCCAAAGGAAAAGAUAAAUAAGGAAGCAGUGUGGUUCCUUUCCAACAUAACAGCAGGCAACCAGCAACAAGUCCAAGCUGUAAUAGAUGCUGGAUUAAUCCCGAUGAUAAUUCAUCAGCUUGCUAAGGGAGACUUUGGAACACAAAAAGAAGCUGCUUGGGCCAUCAGCAAUUUAACAAUAAGUGGCAGAAAAGAUCAGGUUGAGUACCUUGUGCAGCAGAAUGUAAUACCACCAUUCUGUAAUUUACUGGCAGUAAAAGAUUCUCAAGUGGUUCAGGUGGUUCUAGACGGUCUAAAAAACAUUCUGAUAAUGGCUGGCGAUGAAGCAAGCACAAUAGCUGAGAUAAUAGAGGAGUGUGGAGGUUUGGAGAAAAUUGAAGUUUUGCAGCAACAUGAAAAUGAAGACAUAUAUAAAUUAGCGUUUGAAAUCAUAGAUCAGUAUUUCUCUGGUGAUGAUAUUGAUGAAGAUCCCAGCCUCAUUCCUGAAGCAACACAAGGAGGUACUUACAAUUUUGACCCAACAGCCAACCUUCAAACAAAAGAAUUUAAUUUUUAAGUUCAACUGAGUGCAGCAUCUUUCCCACAUUGAAUAUGAAGCACCACCAGGUGGCUACCAAAUGAUAAGAACAGCGGUGACCGCGGCUCCAAACACACACGCCUCUUCAUUUUGAUGCUUCUGAAGCAGUGGUUCUCAACCUUCCUAGUGCCACAGUGUAUUUUCAUUGUUAUAAAGGGGCCGCGACCCACAGGUUGAGAACUGCUGUUCUAAAGCAAGCCAUGUCUCAGUCACUUUGCAGUUGCCAAAAGUCACUCUCACGUGGACUGUAAAUGCAUAUGCAUGAUUUCCUCAACUGUUUUACAAUUCUCCUUAACAAUCUCAACUAUCCUAUUUUUCCCUGUUCCCUGGUGCCACACACUGAUAACUACAGUCUCCAAUUCAGAAAACUUCCAUAGUGGUGGUGUAACGGCUGCCCACUGAUACUCCGUUGGAAGAUGGUGCACUGUGGAUCCAGGCACUUCGGUGUGAUGUGUGUACACGUCAGAAGACUGGGAGGCGCAGUGUGAGCCGAGCCUCCCUCACUGUCCUCCACAAACAGACUUUCAUAUUUCUUAUGUGGAAGAAUAGACUUUAAAGUACAAGCCAAAUGAUUUUCAUUGGUGGAACUGACACAAAAAACAUAACUUAAAAACAAGAAACUUGGUUAUUGAUUAAACAAAUAAGUUUUAAAAA